UAUUAAUCAUCUUCUCUCUCUUUUAUGGCAUACAUGUGGCCCCCCCCAUUUGCAAGCUCACGAGUGGUUUCACUGUCACAUCCUACGUAUAUAUUCAUGGCAGCCUCGGCCAUUUAUGCUCUUUCAGAGACACAGAGGUUGAAACUUUUUAUAUAAUCUGAAAGGAAAAUGGGUUAUCAGAUUUGGGUUUGGGGGAUGUGCCUCUGGAUGUGUUUGUUUAGCUACGGCUUCAUUUCCGUAUGCUCGCAGGGUGCUAAGGUUGAAGAGGGCACCGUUUUCAUUAAUGGGACAACAGCCAUUGGGAGGAUUGAUGAUGAUUUUGUUUGUGCAACCUUGGAUUGGUGGCCUCCUGAGAAAUGCGACUAUGGAACAUGCAGCUGGGGUCUUGUUUCUCUCCUCAAUCUGGAUCUUGGCAACAAUAUUCUGUUAAAUGCCAUAAAAGCCUUUUCCCCCUUGAAACUUAGACUAGGAGGCAGUUUGCAAGAUAAGGUCAUAUAUGGUACCGAAGACAAUCAGCAACCUUGUAUUCCUUUCGUUAAAAAUACUUCAGAGAUGUUUGGUUUCACUCAAGGUUGCUUACCCAUGCAUAGAUGGGAUGAAUUAAACACCCUUUUCGAGAAAGCCGGGGCUAAGAUUGUUUUUGGGUUAAAUGCUCUUAGCGGACGAUCUAUAAAUUCUGAUGUAACUGCCGAGGGAGAUUGGAACUAUACAAAUGCUGAAUCUUUCAUCCGUUAUACUGUCAGAAAGAACUACACUAUUCAUGGUUGGGAGCUGGGAAAUGAGUUGUCAGGGAGUGGAGUCGGCACAAGAAUUGCAGCAGAUCAGUAUGCCUUGGACACUAUUGCUUUGCAAAGAAUAGUCCAAAACAUUUACAAGGAGAUCGAACCUAAGCCACUAAUCAUAGCACCUGGAGGCUUCUUUGAUGCAAACUGGUUUCAAAAAUUCAUAGAGAAGACGACCAAAUCUUUGGAUGUUGUCUCCCACCAUAUAUAUAAUUUGGGGCCAGGAGUUGAUACGCACCUUGUUGAAAAGAUUCUUAACCCAUCCUAUCUUGAUGGUGAGGCUGAUACAUUUAGGAGUCUCCAUAAAAUCCUCAAGAGUUCUGCAACUUCAGCAAAUGCAUGGGUUGGUGAGUCGGGAGGGGCUUACAACAGUGGCCAUAAUCUUGUCACAAAUGCAUUUGUGUUUAGUUUCUGGUAUUUGGAUCAGCUUGGAAUGGCAUCGGCUCAUGACACAAAAACUUACUGCAGACAGACCUUGAUUGGUGGAAACUAUGGUUUACUCAACACCACCACCUUCGAACCAAACCCCGACUACUACAGUGCUCUUCUUUGGCACCGAUUAAUGGGAAACAACGUUCUGUCAACAAGCUUUUCUGGAACAAAGAAGAUACGUGCUUAUGCUCACUGUGCAAAAUAUUCUAAAGGGAUAGUAUUAUUAUUAAUCAACCUAGACAACAGCACCACCAUCCAGGCCGAACUAGCCUUCAAUGGUACUGGGAGUUUGCAUAAUCUUGUUCAGCUGAUUCAACCUGAUAUAAGCAAAACUGCAAGAGAGGAAUACCAUCUGACAACAAAAGAUGAGAAUUUACACAGCCAAACCAUCCUGCUAAAUGGAAACAUUUUAACUGUAAAUUCAUCCGGAGACAUACCUCCGUUGGAGCCUGAAUAUAAAAAUUCAUCAACCCCAAUAAAGGUAGAUCCUUUCUCUAUUGUAUUUGCUCACAUACCGAGUGUUGUUCUCCCAGCUUGCCGGUAGGAGUUGCUAGCUGGAACUAAACUUGGUUCCAUCUAGUAACCAAAUAAAAGGGAGAAUAUCAAGGCAA